GCACUCCUUUUCUUGUUCUUGUUCUUGUUCUUUGUUCUUUGCUCUUUGUUCUUUGUUCUUCUACUCUGUUGAAUGUUAUGGGGAGAACAAGCCCAAGGCUACCAAGCUUUUGCCUUAACCGAGUUGCCACUCGGGUGCGUGUUCGGUCUCCGCCGGUCGAAACAAAGCCGAUAUCACUCACCGAGCAUGAAUCUUCAAGCAAUGCAGACUCAGGCCAUGAUGAGAAGCAAUCAACAAUGGCAAUUGGUAGGAGGAUUAUGAUAGUUGUGGACUCUAGCCAGGAGGCCAAGACUGCUUUGCUAUGGGCUCUCACUCAUGCAGUUCAGAACAAUGACACUGUUGUUCUCUUUGAUGUUGCAAAACCAUCUAAGCAUGGUGAUCAAUCUCAGAAAGAUAUAAACCCAAAGAUUUACAAUCCUUUUUGUGCUAUGAAAAACAUUUGCCAAUCAAAGAGACCUGAGGUGCAUGUUGAGCUGUGUUUAGUAGAAGGAAAAGAGCGGGGACCGACGAUUGUCGAGGAGGCAAAGAAGCAGGGAGUGUCACUUUUGGUUCUUGGGCAGAAGAAGCGAUCGGUUACGUGGCGGUUACUGAUGAUGUGGGCCGGAGGACGGGUGGCCGGAGGAGGUAGUGGUAGUGUUGUGGAGUAUGUUAUUCAGAAUGCAAGUUGUAUGACAUUGGCAGUGAGGAAGAAGAGCAAAAGAGGUGGUGGUUAUUUGAUAACCACCAGGCGCCAUAAGGACUUCUGGCUUUUGGCUUGAAUUUUUCUCAGAAAAAAAUUUAAAA